CAAGUGGAAGCACUUUUAAAACAAUUCAAUAUAAAGAAUUUGAUCCUGUACAAUGUGAAAACCGUAAAAUUAUUGCUCAUGGUGGAUUUUCUCAUGUAUAUUCUGCCGUAUUCCAAGGACAAUCAUACGCUUUAAAACGGUUAAUUAAAAACGAUAAUGAAGCGAGUAAAUUAUUAAAACGUGAGAUUUCGGAUGGUUUGCGAGAAAAAGAAAUUAUCAAUACGCCUCUGAAUUAUGUUGAUCUUUACAAUCAAUGUUGGUCUUCAGAACCAAGUCAGCGUCCAACACUAGACACCGUUUUGGAUAGACUUCAAAGGUUACAAUCAGAGAAUAUUGAAUUCAUUACACAUAUCAUUAAUGAAAACUGGAUUAAGCAUUUCGGCUUACAUAAAGGUAGAAAUUUUAAUGGAAAUGACUUUGUUCUGGGGUCAGGAGUUAUUCUAAGAGAUAAUGAUAGUUUAGAA